AUGGAGUAUCUCUAUUAUUUGGCGGCUUCCCUUACUGUUGCGCUUUUAGUUCGUUCUAAAUUGAAGAGAAACGAAGCUUACGCGAGUGGUCCAGUACCAUGGCCACUUGUGGGGAAUAUAUGGACUCUUUUCAGACUACAUACAGAUACUGAACGAGUCCUAGCAAGGCUUGGGAGGGAGUAUGGUGACUUGACGAUGCUAUGGAUCGGGAAUUGGCCAGCUAUGGUAAUCAAUUCCUGUGAAACUGCCCACGAUAUCCUACACAAGGAUGGAGCAAAAACGGCAUCUAGGCCAACUCACAACGACUUACGCAUCAGAGCUGGCCGUGGACGACUAGUCCUCACUCCUGCUGGUCCAGAUUUUGUCAAGCUCCGCAAGGUUUAUCAUGCACUACUCAACUCAGGUGACCAAAAGAAAUCCAUCAGCGUGGUUGAGGCCGAAUCCAUCCUAUUCCUUUCGGAGCUACUCAAUGCACCACACACGUUCUACGAAUCGUGCGAGAGAUAUGUGCUGAGUAUUAUCUUCACUUCGGUAUAUGGUACUCGGUUGAAGACAGUCCACAACGAAGUCGUCGCGGGCCUAUUCCGAGUUUGGGAUGUGAUGUUGAAAUAUUUCCAACCAGGUACUGUGUUGCCUGACUUCCUUCCCUCACUCUUCCGGCUUCCAUAUUGGGCACAGCCGUGGAAGGUACUAUCCGAUCGACUGAUUGGUAGCGAGCUUGCAAUACAUGAUACUUUCAUAUCACGCAUCAGGGAAUUGUCAGAUCAGGGUAUAGCUCCAGAGUGCUACUGUAGAACACUUUUGGAGCAAAAGGAGAACUAUAAGAUUGAUGAUGAACAGCUGCGGGGUGUUCUUGCCAUGAUCAUAGGUGCUGGUUCAGAUACUACAGGUUCAGUCAUUCAAUCAUUCUUCAAGGUCAUGGCGCUGUACCCUGAAGUUGUUGCACAAGCACAGCAAGAGUUGGAUGAAGUAGUCGGCCGCUCUCGGCUGCCAUCAUUGGAAGACCAACCCAACCUUCCGUACAUUCGAGCAGUGAUUAAGGAAGUACGCCGUUGGGCACCCAUCGGAUGCAUUGGAAUCCCUCACGCCGCCACGGAAAGCUUUUCGCACAAUGGCCGUUUGAUACCGAAAGGUACAAUAAUUUUUCCAAACUUGGUGACUUUGAACCGUGACCCUUCACGGUAUGUCGAUCCAGAUAAGUUCGAUCCUUCUCGGUUCUUCGAUGACCCAAACAACGCGUCUGCAUGUGCCGUACAUGCCGACUGGAAGCAGAGAGAUCAUUUCCAUUAUGGUUUCGGGCGCCGUCUUUGUCCGGGAGUGGACAUGGGUGAACUGAGUUUGUUCAUCGCCGUUUCUCGGAUCCUGUGGGCGUUCGACAUUCGCAAGAAUGCAAAUUGCAAGCUGGACAUGUUUGAAAAGAUUUGUAAGUUUUUAAGAGUGGCGCAUUUAUACUGCAGCCUUCUAUGA